AUGGGGGCGCUGCCGGCGGGCCUGCCGCCGCAGCUGGGGACUCUGCGAUCGACGCUGGACCAGCGCGGGGCGCGGGAGCCGCUGUUCGCGUUCGACUGGGGCGUCCCCGACGGUGAGCACGCGGCGUGGGGGGUGGAUGACGGUUCCGCGAGGGGCGUCGUGGGCCGCCUGCGGCGGGCGGCCCAGGCGGUGCGCGCGCUGGCCGUGGAGAUGUGGGCGUUCGCGCGCAAGGACCCGCGGAAGCCCGUGUUCGCGGCGAAGGUGGCCGUGGCGCUCGCGCUCAUCACGCUGCUCGUCUUCCUCCGCGAGCCCAGCGAUAUUGCCAGCCAUUCUGUGUGGGCCAUACUCACCGUCGUCGUCGUCUUCGAGUUCAGCAUCGGUGCAACUUUGAGCAAAGGAUUCAACAGGGGAUUGGGUACUCUUAUUGCAGGGGGGCUUGCUCUAGCAGUCGCUGAGUUAGCAGCACAAAUGGGAAAAUAUGACAUGGUGGUACUCAUCAUAAGCACUUUUGUAGUUGCAUUCUGUGCCACCUUGACGAAGCUGCACCCGAAGGUGAAACCAUAUGAGUAUGGAUUUCGUGUGUUCUUGCUGACUUUCUGCUAUAUCACGGUCUCUGGGUACAACACGGGAAAAUUCACCGCUACGGCUAUAAGUAGAUUUCUGUUGAUCGCUCUUGGUGCUGCUGUCAGUCUCGGCAUCAACAUAGGCAUACACCCAAUCUGGGCAGGAGAGGAUCUGCACACGUUGGUGGCCAAGAAUUUUUCUGGUGUUGCAAAAUCUUUAGAAGGAUGUGUUGAUGGAUAUCUGACCUGCAUGGAAUAUGAAAGGAUUCCAUCCAAGAUACUCACAUAUGAAGCAUCUGAUGAUGAUCCUGUCUAUAGCGGGUACAGGGAAGCUGUUGAGGCAUCAACACAGGAGGAAGCCUUGUUAGGAUUUGCUAUAUGGGAGCCACCGCAUGGACCUUACAAGAUGAUGAAAUAUCCAUGGAAGAACUACACCAAAGUUGGUGGUGCGUUGAGGCAUUGCUCAUUCUCUGUCAUGGCAUUGCAUGGGUGCAUACUUUCAGAGAUUCAGGCACCACCGGAGAGCAGAAAGGUUUUCUGUGCAGAGCUUCAUAGAGUGGGCCAAGAAGGUGCUAAAGUGCUGCGCGAACUUGGGCAGAGAGUCAAGACGAUGACGAAACUGAGCUCACCAAACAUUCUUUCAGAAGUGCACUUUGCAGCUGAAGAGCUGCAAAAGAAGAUUGAUGAGAAGUCAUACCUUCUCGUCAAUACAGAAAGAUGGGAAGUCAUUCCAAGGCAUGCCGGAACUGCACAAACUCAUGAUGGUGCCAAUGCUGCUGACAAGGAUGAACCACCCGAGAACACCGCUGUCGAUUCAAUGCACAUAUCAAACAGCUUCGCUUCAAACCCGUUCCUGAGCAGAUUCGAUUCUUCAAAUCCGGUCCUAGGCAGAUAUGAUUCAGGAUCAAUGAUAGUCGAUUCAUAUAAGGCGCAAUCAUCAUGGCCUGUCCGACAAUCUUUCCAUCCAAGCUUUCCAUUUGAAAGUGGGGAAUCAAGAACUUACGAGAGCGCAAGCGCCUUGUCGCUGGCCACAUUCGCAUCGCUCCUCAUUGAGUUUGUUGCCCGGCUCCAGAAUCUUGUUGAUGCAUUUAAGGAGUUGAGUGACAAAGCUAACUUCAAGGACCCUGUGGAGGAACCUUCGACAAUCAGCAGGGAGCCUCCUGGGGUUUUAGCUAGAAUACAUGACUUAUUUCGGUUGAAGUGA